AUGGACUACCAGGACCUCUAUAAUGCCUACGUUAGACCGAUUUUUGAAUGCAUUGAGCAAGUAGUCUGCUCAGGAGAUUUUUACCAACUAACAAUGUCCUACGCCUACUGGAAAGCCGGGAAAGCUGACGAGUCGGCUGUAUUUGAAGUGUUUUUUCGCAGGAAUCCAUUCAACGGGGAAUUCACUAUUUUUGCCGGAUUGACAGAUUGUAUCGACUAUCUAAAGUCAUUCAAAUUUAGUCCUGAAGAUAUCGCAUACCUCAAAGAAGUCAUGCCUGCUUGUACUGAUCCCGCUUUCUUCGAUUACCUAAUGACGCUCACGGCCACCGAAUUUGACCUUUGGUCUGUGGAGGAGGGGACUGCCGUCUUUCCCCGAGAACCCAUCAUGCGUGUCGAAGGCCCAAUCAUUCUGUGCCAGUUGGUGGAAACUGGAAUACUGAACUUGGUCAACUUUGCCAGCCUGAUCGCGACCAAUGCAGCGCGAUUCCGUUUAACCGCUGGUUCAGAUAAACUUUUAUUCGAAUUCGGUCUGAGACGCGCUCAGGGACCGGAUGGUGGUUUGACGGCGUCCCGUUAUGCAUACCUGGGAGGUUACGAUGGGACGAGCAAUGUGCUUGCCGGGAAGAUGUUUGGUAUUCCCGUGGUUGGAACGCAUGCGCACUCGUUCAUAUCUGCCUUUCAGGGCAAUAGUGAUGUGAACCACCAGAAAAGUGUUGAGCCACCGGGGGAUGAUCUGAAUGACGACAAACUUCGUGAUCCGAGCUCUGUCCCGAUGCAGUUGGACAAAUUCCUUGAACGUUGUUGGCACUGGUCUCGUCGACUCAGUCACCUGCUCAAUUACUCCCCGGAUCAGGUUCAUCAUGGCGAAUUGACUGCGUUUGCGAACUAUGCGUUCGCGUUUCCGGAUGCUUUCGUUGGCCUGAUUGAUACGUAUGAUGUGCUGCGAUCCGGGGUGCCCAAUUUCUGUGCCGUUGGUCUCACGUUACAUGAACACGGUCAUCGACCUGUUGGAAUACGCAUCGAUAGCGGGGAUCUGGCGUUUUUGUCUCUCAUGGUCCGGGAUGCUUUCAAGAAGAUAGCCCAACACUACAACAUACCCUGGUUUGAAGACCUACGAAUUUUGGUUAGCAACGAUUUGAAUGAAGACACGCUACACUCAUUAAAUCUACAGGGCCACUCUAUCGAUGCAUUUUGCGUAGGAACUCAUCUUGUCACGUGUCAGAAACAGCCCGCUUUGGGUUGCGUGUACAAAUUGGUUGAGAUAGCCGGAAUACCCACAAUGAAACUAAGCGCCCAGGUGGAAAAGGUGACACUACCCGGGAAGAAAACUGUCUAUCGCUUGUACAGCAAAACAGGUGAGGCCCUGGUGGAUCUACUCCAGCGUAGCGAUGAACCUGCCCCGAAGGUCAAUGAACGCAUUCUCUGUCGACAUCCUAGUGAAGCAUCGAAACGUGUUUUUGUUGUCCCGGCUCGGAUCGAGGAGACGCUCAAACUUUUCUGGAAACGAGGCCAGUUAUCCACGCCGUUGUCCACGCUCGAACAGUCCCGCGAACGUGUGCAAAAGGAAAUCAAAUCACUCCGACCGGACUACACACGCUUGCUCAAUCCCACCCCGUAUAAAUUAUCCACGCCGUUGUCCACGCUCGAACAGUCCCGCGAACGUGUGCAAAAGGAAAUCAAAUCACUCCGACCGGACUACACACGCUUGCUCAAUCCCACCCCGUAUAAAGUUUCACUUUCAGAACAACUAUACAAUUUCACGUAUGAUUUAUGGCUUCGAAUGACUCCGAUCAGCGAGUUGAGCUAGCUUCGAAGUUCGACUCGCUCCAGGAGGCUCCCGUUGGGUCAUUUUCUGAUCAUUUUCGCUAUUUCAUUCGAGCUGUUUGAAGCUUUUGGCUGAGCGCAUUGUACUAUCUUGUCUGUCGCCCAAUCGAUUUGCUGCUGUCAGUUAUUUUGACGAAAAAAAUUGGUGGGCGAAU